AUGGCACAGCUUCUCAAACAUCAAGACGUACUUGCAGCGCUUUUAGACAGGAUAUCCGAAAAUCAGAGGUCGGCCGCCAGCUUAAUGCAGAAUGAUGAACAGCCUGAGAAGGACAGUGAAAGGAAGAAAGAAGUUGAUCGAGUAGACGAGGUUAUCCGAGCACAAGCUACUCGCAACACUCACAAGCGGAAGCUUGAUGAUGUCAAUAUCGACUCCAACAACGAUCCCAACAAGGAGAAUAUCGCUCCGUGUCGUGUGCCCAAGCAGCUGUCUCUGCCCGGUGCCCCCAUCAAACGUAUCCGUCGUGAGAAAACGGGCACUGAGUGGCAAUCGGUCUUCGAUAUCCUCAAGUAUGAUGAGGAGAUAUAUGGGAAGCGGGAUGAAGGCCUUUAA